AUGGCCCCUGUCAAUCUCUCGCACCGACGCACGCAUAAUCUGCUGUUGAUCUCAAAGCUUUUGAGCCUUCGAGACACUGCAUCGCCCCUCACACUUGUCUUGGACUCGCUGGAGCAACCAGCCACCCCACUCCUCAAAGAAUACAUAAGACGUGCAAAGCUGUCCAAAGUCCAUGUCACACUCAUUGCCUUUGAAACCAUCAAACAACCAGAGGGCGUCGACGCAUUUGUGACAACACGUCGCAAGAGCCUCACAGAAAUUGCAAAGGAAGUUAGCGCAGUCUACCAGCCUGUCGCAUCCUCAAACCCCUCGCGCAGGCGCUUGAUCCUCAUCGACUCCAUUAAUCCUCUACUCAAUGCUAAGAGAAUAGAGCCGGGCUUCCACUUGCCCUCUUUUCUAAGCUCAUUUCUUGCUCCCACAUCGCCAUUGGCGAAAGUUGAAACCUCACUCGUGGUGACAUAUCAUCAAGAUGUCCCCGAGCCUCCUCAGCAAAGCCCCUAUGCUUCGUCUCCUCUUUCAGUUUUAACAUACCUUGCAACAAGUAUCAUAAAAUUGCACUCUUUCUCGCAUAUCCUUGCACAAAAGGCUGCCCGGGACCGCAGUCUAGCCCCGCCUGUUUUCGGACUGGAAGAGGAGCAAGAGGGUGUGCUGCUUGGCCGGUUGGAUAAAUUGACCGGCACUGGCGCAGCCGAGGGGAUUGUCAUUGAGUUGGAACACCGGCGCAAGAGUGGUCGUGGCGUGCUGGAAUGGUACCUUCUCCCACCUGCUUCGCGUUACUCGCCACAGCACCUGAAGGAGGUUGUGACCCUUCUCGAUGACAACAUCCUGUACAAUCCUCCGAUGGAGCGAGACCCAGACGCCGAGAACGAAGAGCCGACUUCAACGUUCGAACUUGGCCUGACCGACAAACAAAGGCGCGACAGGGAGGGUGUUGUGUUGCCGUACUUUGAUGCGCAGAAUGGAAAUGGGCCUGGCGAGGGCGGUCGAAUCCUUUACGAUAUGGGUGAAGAGGACGAUUUCGACGAAGAAGAGGAUGAGAUAUAG